AUGGCAAAGGGCAGUGGUGGCGAUAGAAAUAUCGCAUCAGCUCGAAGCUCCCAGUUGGACGAUGCAGAUACGCCAAGCGUCCAGGCUUCAGCAAGACCCAUGAGGAGAGAAACUGUGCGCGGCUCAAUCGAGAGCCAAAGAGGGAACGAUGAGGUGGAGCAGGGAGAUUCGGAUUCGGAUUCGGAUUCGGAAUUGGCAUUGGAAUCGGAAGAAGCUCAUCUGGUCCCCUUUCCCAGACAAAAGGAUCCUUCCAAACCUUUGCGACCGAAUGGCUACGCUUCUAGAAGAGCUUUGAGUGGAUUGCGAAGCUCUAUAGCUGGUAAGGAAGGAUUGCUACUCAUUGGCACAGCUCAAUUGUUGUAUUCGUGAGUCAAGUCAAGUUUGGGGGCCACGCUGCGGGGUUCAGCAGGAGCAGAAUGCGAAUCUGAUAGAUGUGGGCCCCAUUCACUCUUUGUGCGUCAGGACCAUGGCUUUGUUCUUCAAGCUGUUGCACGAUCUACCAGAGGGUAGAGAGAACCCCAUCUCCGCGCGUGAGUGCGCACGUCAUGGCCCAACAUCGAUCCUUGUGCUCUUGUGCUGAGCCACAGAUUCCUCUCCUGCUGCCACCAGUCGAGGUCAUCUUCAUUCGCAUGGGGUGAGUGGCUGCGUGCAUCACGCAUGCGAUUGGCCCAACGCCAAAAGCGCGCUCUGUCCCCGCUGAUUCCAACUGUACUUCUCGCAUGUUAACGUUGCGCAGCAUCACCUACAUAGGCUGCGUUAGCUACAUGGUGCUCAGCUCCACUCCUCAUCCCUUCUUGGGUCCGCCAGAAGUCAGGUGGUUAUUGCUACUUCGAGGCGCGGUGGGAUUUGUAGGCUUGGGAUCUUUCUACUACUCCUUGCAAUAUCUCAGCUUGAGCGAUGCUACCGUCAUCACUUUUCUCAGUCCAUUCGCUACCAGCUGGUUAGCUUGGGCGGUGCUGGGAGGUGAGUUCGCAUACUCUACUUCAACGUGUCGGUACGAUACUCGGCUCGAUCUCUGCCUCACACCAGCCUUGGUCACUGUCAACGACAGAGUCAUUUUCCACGCGCCAAACGCUGGCAGGCAUGGCAUCGCUUGCUGGUGUGGUGCUCAUCGCCAGACCUUCCUUCUUGUUCGGCAAAUUGGCAGACGAUGAGCUCGAAAUGCCAGUGGGUGACGAAGCGCUUCGAGCGCUUCAAAUCCUGCAUGCUAGCACCAGCAGCAGCUCUUCGGCGCAAUCUGUCCUCGCAAGCUCCACAUCGACAUCGACUGCAAGUAUCGCUUCGGCUACUAUUGCAGUGCUGAGAAGUACCAGCGAUCAAGCUAGAAGAGCAGCACUGGGCGCUCUGGUGGGAUUUUUGCAGGGUAGAGAUGAAAGAUCAAGCCAUGCUGCCUCCUCUCUCACCCCUCGCGACGAGAUUUCAGAGGAGCAAAGGCUGCUGGCAGUCUUGUGAGUCUUUGCCUUUCCGUGCCUCUCCAAGCAGUAACAACGCACUUAUGCGGAGUGCACAUCCUGGCUGUCUCGCACGCACCAGCGUGGCUCUAGCAGGCGUGCUCGGAAGUUCAGGUGCAUACUGCACAAUACGAGCGAGUGAGUUGGGCGCAGAUCCAUCGACGCAUCCUUCAUCAUUCUAUUGUCUUUUCCUCUUCAAAGUCCUCUGUGCUGACAGGCCAAGCCAACUUCUUGAAACUGACCUAG